CUGAACGCGACAUGCGCAUCGUGGGGGCGGAGAGCUACCACCAUCAGUUUACGGGAAGUGAACGCCAACAUAUCCAAGUGAGAGAGCAUCUACCGAAUAAAUACUACGAAUUAUUUUCGAGGGGUUGUUUUGAGAUUUAAACGUUGACUGCGAACGAUCGGGUCUGUGCUCCCGAUCUAAGCCAGAGAUGACCACCGAGAAGACGUCAUACGAAGGGGUCCCCUCUCCCCCCUCGUUUCCCGGGAAAACGGUGUUUCCUGUCUCGUUUGACGGGGAUAUGCCGGGCAUGUACGGGGCCCCUGCUCCUAGUGGUUUCCUUGCCCCUGGUGGUCCACACUCCGGUGAUGCUUUUGCUGCUCCUGGAGGUUUCCCUGCUCCUGGUGGAGUCUACCCUGCCCCUGGUGGUCCAAACUCCGGUGAUGCUUUUGCUGCUCCUGGAGGUUUCCCUGCUCCUGGUGGAGUCUACCCUGCCCCUGGUGGUCUACACUCCGGUGAUGCUUUUGCUGCUCCUGGAGGUUUCCCUGCUCCUGGUGGUUUCCUUGCCCCUGGUGGUCUACACUCGGGUGAUGGUUUUGCUGCACCUGGUGGUUUCCCUGCUCCUGGAGGUUUCCCUCCUCCUGCUGGUUUCCUGGCCCCUGGUGGUCUACACUCCGGUGAUGGUUUUGCUGCUCCUGGUGGUCUACCUGCUGGUGGUGGUUUCCCUGCUCCUGGGGGUCUGCCUGCUGCCGCUGGUGGUUUCCCCGCUCCCGGUGGUCUCCCUUUGCCCCCACCGACUGCUUUCGGGCCAGGUGUUCCUGGAGCUUUCGGAACGGGCAACCCCUCCACGGCACCAUAUUCCCAACCAGGCAAAGGAUUCAAUGACAACUUCAGUGAUGGAGUUUACCACAGCGAGGAGCCACCACCCUUUCACGAGAAUCAAGACUUUGAUUUUGGAUUAGAUAACAAGAGCAUACGAAGAGCCUUUAUUCGAAAAGUAUUCUUGGUGCUUAGUGCUCAGCUGAUGGUGACAUUCGCCUUUGUGGCUGUUUUCACCUUCGUGGACCAAGUCAAGGCGUUUGUCCUGGUGAACACCUGGACCUACUUCUUGUCAUAUGCCGUAUUCUUUGUGUCAGUUUGUGUGAUCAGCUGCUGCGGAAGCUUUCGUCGAAGACAUCCGUGGAACCUUGUUGCGUUAUCAAUCCUGACUCUCAGCAUGUCCUAUAUGGUGGGCAUGAUCGCCAGCUUCCAUGACACUGACUCCGUUGUCAUGGCAGUGGGUAUCACAGCAGUUGUGUGCUUCACAGUGGUUGUCUUCUCUCUGCAGACCAAAUACGACUUCACUUCCUGUUACGGGGUGCUUUUCGUCUGUUUAAUUGUCCUGAUCGUCUUCGGCAUCCUCUGCAUCGUCAUCCGUAACAGGAUUCUUCACAUUGUGUAUGGUGGACUGGGAGCUUUGCUCUUCACCUGCUUCUUGGCGGUGGACACACAGCUCCUGCUUGGAAACAAGGAACUGUCCCUGAGUCCAGAAGAAUAUGUCUUUGCAGCUCUCCACCUGUACACCGACAUCAUCAACAUCUUUCUCUACAUUCUUGCCAUCAUUGGAAGAGCAAGGGGGGGCUAAGCAGGAGGAGAAAGUGGUAGAAAUCAUGAAGGGAAGUUUAUUUUCAUUUUGCCUUGUAGUGUGCAUUGAUCACAGUUCGUGAAUAUUUGGCUUCAACAGUGUAAAGGUUUUUAAAAAAUAUAUAUAUACUGUCCAUGUUGUGGUGUGUGGGUUUAUUAAAGUUUUAUCAGGUGUUUGA